AUGGGUAGUUUCGGCUCGAAGAUGAGACUGGCUGGGUGUAAAAAGGACCGUUGUAGCCGUGCUGCGUAUCUCCGGGCUUGCAAUGCCAGGCAGGAAAGAUUUCACUUUCUGAAAGAGCACGGACAGCCAAUCAGUCUAGUCAAAUUGAUCAAUUAUGUGACUGACGCUGAGCUUUGGCAACGCAUAGGCCCAAGGGGUCCCGACCAUAGUGCUCUUGUUAUGAGGAUUUGUAGCAUUGUCAUUAAUGAGGCUGCAUCUUUUGUCAUUGAGUGCAUUAGCAGUGAUGCUUGCAACGUUGGUGGUAUUGAGAGAGGUUUUGGGGGAGAACCGGUGUUGGGAAUUGUUACCACACACGCGAUGCUUAUCCCAAUGGUAUUGUUCGAAGUUGAUCUAUGA